AUGUUCCGGGCUCUGGACGCCGCGCUCGCCGUGCUGCUGGCCGCCUCCUUGCGGAGCACGGCGGGCGGUGGCCCGCCUCUGUUCUCGGCUCAAAGCUCCCCGCCCGACCCGUGCUACGACGAGCACGGCACCCCGCGCCGCUGCAUCCCGGACUUCGUCAACUCGGCGUUCGGCAAGGAGGUGAAGGUGUCCGGCACCUGCGGCCGACCCGCGGCCCGCUACUGCGUGCUCAGCUCGGCGGACAAGGCGGACGAGCGGAGCCGCGACUGCCACACGUGCGACGCGUCCGACCCCAAGCGGAACCGGCCCCCGGCCUACCUCACCGACCUGAACAACCCGCACAACCUGACGUGCUGGCAGUCGGACAACUUCAUCCAGUACCCGCAGAACGUGACGCUCAGCCUCUCCCUGGGCAAGAAGUUCGAGGUGACCUACGUCAGCCUGCAGUUCUGCUCGCCGAGACCCGAGUCCAUGCUGAUCUCCAAGUCCAUGGACUACGGCAAGACGUGGCUGCCCUUCCAGUUCUACUCCAGCCAGUGCCGGAAGAUGUACAACAAGCCCAACCGCGCCGCGAUCACCAAGCAGAACGAGCAGGAGGCCAUCUGCACGGACUCGCACACGGACAUGUUCCCGCUGAGCGGAGGUCUCAUCGCCUUCAGCACGCUGGACGGCCGGCCCUCGGCGCACGACUUCGACAACUCGCCGGUCCUCCAGGACUGGGUGACGGCCACCGACAUCCGGGUGACCUUCAGCCGGCUGCACACCUUCGGCGACGAGAACGAGGACGACUCGGAGCUGGCGCGGGACUCGUACUUCUACGCCGUGUCCGACCUGCAGGUGGGCGGCCGCUGCAAGUGCAACGGACACGCGUCCCGCUGCGUCAAGGACCGCGACGGGCAGCUGGUGUGCGAGUGCAAGCACAACGCGGCGGGACCCGAGUGCGACAGGUGCAAGCCCUUCCACUACGACCGGCCGUGGCAGAGGGCCACGGCCCGCGAGGCCAACGAGUGCGUCGCCUGUAACUGCAACCUGCACGCCCGCCGCUGCCGCUUCAACAUGGAGCUGUACAAGCUGUCGGGGAGGAAGAGCGGAGGAGUGUGCCUCAACUGCCGCCACAACACGGCCGGACGCCAUUGCCACUACUGCAAGGAGGGCUACUAUCGGGACCUGUCCAAACCCAUCUCGCACAGGAAAGCCUGCAAGGCAUGCGAUUGCCAUCCCGUGGGUGCCGCCGGCAAAACCUGUAACCAAACCACAGGACAAUGUCCCUGUAAAGACGGCGUGACCGGUAUCACCUGCAACCGCUGCGCUAAAGGCUACCAGCAGAGCCGCUCGCCCAUUGCCCCCUGCAUAAAGAUUCCAGUUACACCGCCUACGACGCCAGCCAGCAGUACAGAAGAGCCCUCAGACUGUGACUCUUACUGCAAAGCGUCAAAAGGCAAACUGAAAAUCAACAUCAAGAAGUACUGCAAGAAGGAUUAUGCUAUCCAGGUGCACAUUCUGAAGGCGGACAAGGCCGGCGAGUGGUGGAAGUUCACAGUCAACGUAAUUUCCGUCUACAAGCAAGGCGAGAGCCGCAUCCGCCGCGGGGACCAAUUUCUGUGGGUGCGCGCCAAAGACGUGGCCUGCAAGUGUCCCAAGAUCAAGCCCGGGAAGAAGUACCUGCUGCUGGGCAACGACGAGGACUCCCCCGGCCAGAGCGGCGGCGUGGUCGCCGACAAAGGCAGCCUGGUUAUCCAGUGGAGGGACACGUGGGCGCGCAGGCUGCGAAAGUUCCAGCAGUGUGAGAAGAAAGGAAAAUGCAAGAAACCGUAGAUGGAAAAGACGCAAGUAGGAGAUGGAUUCCAGAGGAAAGCUGAAAAAAAAAAAAAAGAAUGAAACAGACAGACAGAAGACUAUAGCCGGAAGAGACUGUUGACGUUGCUGCUUUUUGUUUUUUUUCGUUUAGUAGCAUGAAGAGAAUCAUAUAGGAAUUCUUCUCUAGUGGACUUUGGUUGAAGGAGCUCACCUUGCAGAUUUGGUUUGACCCUUUCUUCAACUUUGAUAUCCGUCUUGUGGAUUUGCCAAAUUUGCACCUAUUACCAGUAUAUGUAUGGCUACUUGUUGGUUUUACACUCAUACUUACAUCUUGUGUUUCUGUUUUAUUGACUGGUGCAAAAAGCCACGUUUCUCCUCUGCAUGGUUUUAUGUUUGGAUUGUUAGCCAACAAGCAAGCUUGUUUCAUGAGCUCAAACUAAGAGAAAAAUGAUUGGUUAUCAUUCAAAAUAUCCUGAAAUUGUGAAUACAUGCAAAAGGUUUCGGAUAAACGAACAAUUUUGGAUUCAAAUGCUGAGCGCAGUAUUGGGUUCUGCUUGAAGUCACAAUGAAAUGCAUUUUCUUGAUUCAGUUCCAAUAUUUUGUUUUUAGAUACACCACGGUAAGAGAUUGAUUCCGAACAAUGUUAGAUGUGUUCUGUCAUCAUUUCUGAAGGUGGUCAAAGUUAAAUUAGGUUAUUUUCUUGUGGAUGAAUUGGGUAAAAGGUACAUAUUAAUGUCACACAGGUAAUAUAGAAUUUUGUGAUGCUUUGUUUACAGAAAUGUAUUUGUUCAUACCACUAUCUGUAAAAAUGUCUAAGGCAAAGGAAAGCAAUAUUCUUUCAAUUGACAAAAGAACUGUAGGUAGUGAUUGAUCACUAUUUACAUAUGUAGAUAGUCUUUCAAUGUGCAGCAAGGUAUGUAUUUAAUUCAGUUUCAUCUAUAUAAAAUGAAUGUCAUCAAUGGUACAAACAUGACAGUAAAGGAAAAAAUAUUACAUUUUCGGUUCUUGCCAGAAUUCAGUAGGGUUUCUUACAAAAAGUAAGAAAAAUGAAAGGAAAUUCAUAUGUGAACCAAUAUCAACAUUGAUUUGGGAGAAAUAUGUAACAAUUUAUUGUUGCAUUUCCAAAAUGUUUGUUGGACACUAUAUUUAGUUCCUUUUUCACACAGUUUCUCAGCAAAUUCCUGUUAAACAUACCAAGCCUGUCACGUUCAUUUGCAAUACGUGUCGCCGCUUGACAACGGGUGCCAUGCAGAACUGUGUUGCUCUUUGUACAUUUAUUUAAAUGCAUGUUAAGUUGGAUUUAGCCAGCACAACUUGAUAUUUCUCCCCAAACACCAUAAAUAUGUUCUCAUACAAGCACACUUAGCAUUUUAUUAAAUGUUAAGUCAGUAUUAAUGCCAUAAGUUUCUUAGCGGUAGAAGCACAGUAAUUUUCAUCCAAAAUGUUUCACUUCACCUGACAAAUCUUACAGAUUGAAUAUGGCGCUCAGACAUACGAUUAAAAAGAGGAGAACGAGCUUUUAUAGUCAAAGUAUGACUCAGUAUGUUAGAACUAGUGUUUGAUGAGCCAUUUUUCCUCUGUGCCAUGAUUCAUCACCACUUUUUGCCAAGUGCUUCUCCGGCAAAGACAUAAUAUACUGACAGCAUUUAUUCAGCAACACAUUUCUUGUGACCGUUUAUCCUCCAACAUCAUGUUCAUCAUGUAACCUUACACGUUUUUUGUCAUCACACCCCCAGAGCAAAGGUUUGGAGAGCUUCCUUUAAAAAGCGUUGCUUUGUGUUCAUACUAUGAAUAGUAAAUGUUGUUGAGUUGUCACAUUUGCAAAAGCCCAUUUUUUGCAAUGUUGUUUUUUUACAAUGUGUACUAAUAUAU